AUGAAGGGUUCUUUCACAAAACCAGUGUUGUUCGCUUUUGCAAUCUUUCUCUUGCUCAUUGUUGCUCAAGAAAACAGAGUCGCUGCAGCAGAGCAUUGUGAUGCUAUGCAGCUUAUGCCAUGCGAGGACGCCAUAAUGAAAGGCUCUAAUCCGUCGGAUCUGUGUUGCACCAGGGUGAAGCAGCAACAACACUGCGUCUGCCAGUACUUGAAGAACCCUAAUUUCAAAUCUUUCAUUGACUCACCAAAGGCCAAAAAGAUCGCCAGAGAUUGUGAUUGUCCUUACCCCAAGUGCUAAGAAAUGGAUCAGGAAGCAGCUGAAACCGCGAGGGAGUCGCUGGAGCUCGUGUUUCGAAUGUCGAACAUAUUGGACACUGGGCUCGAUCGACAUACCUUAUCCGUUCUCAUAGCGCUCUGCGAUCUUGGUCUUAACCCUGAGGCUCUAGCUGCUGUCGUCAAGGAGCUUCGUCAGGAAUCUGGCAACAACCACGCCACCUUAAGAUAAUUCAUUAUGCUUUUGUUUGGAUGAUGAUGAUGGAUGGAUCCCAUUGAAAUCUGCAAUUGAUUUUCUUCUUUAUGCUUCAAUUUCAAUGUCUGGAGAACAAAAAAAACAAACGAGUGUUCUUGGGGAUAUUUAGAGAUGAAAUGGUACGAAUCUUUUAUGCAUUUCUCCUGCCACUUUACUGUUUUCUUCUUGCUGCAAAGACCCGUUGGAUCAAUUAGCAAAAACUCGUCUUUUUGG